AUACCCUAUGCAGACACUUUAAAUUGAGCAGCCAAAUAUAAUCAGAUUUUGUCCGUUUCCAAACGAGCAGCAAUUUCUCAUAGUGCAACCUGCUCAAAUCCCAACCCAACCAAACAACAACACAGAAGAGGAGAACAUGAUCAAAGACAGAUGGGAAGGGCAUUAGUUUAUUUUGUGUAUUUAUUCUCGGAAUGCGUGACAUCUUAGCCGCGACACUUGAAGCGUUCGUUGCUAGUGAGGCUAGGCUGGUGUGUGUUUUCGACUGAUCGUGUCCGAACAAGGACGUCUGAAACUUGAAGGGAAUGGCCAACGCCAGAGCUACGACCUUUAACAACGUUUGGAACUUCCUUGGAGGCAGUCUGGGUCUUCAGGGGCAUGAAAAGGCUCUCAAAAAUGCCCUCUACAAUGCCCUGGCUAUGCUCUUACUGGUUGUCUGCUGUGCAGCCUUCUAUGCAUUGGUGUUCGUUCUGGACCCAUUCCUCAAACCUCUUCUGUGGGCUCUUCUCUUGGGCUCCGUCUUACAUCCUUUCAAAUACUCCCUGGUUUAUUCUGUCAAAAACUGGAUUGAUGUCCUGGAAACAAGAGGUACCCCUAUCGCUGUUGCAUUUGUCAUGAUACCUGUCAGCGCCUUUGAUCGCUUCUCCGACCGAAUUGGAGACCUGAUUUACAAGAACCUUCGAAUCAUCUUCUACCUAAGUGCAGCAUUGCCUCUCAUGCUGAUCUUGUAUGGGUACACUCCGCAAAGUUGCCUGUGUGUGCUGUGGAGAAUGGCAUAUGCUUUUUAUGCUCUUGUUAACUUUCUUGUUGGCCUUUCAACUGGCCCUGUGGUGGUGACAUACUUGUGUGGGUACUUCACUACACUAGCACUUUGGUGGAAUCCAGAUGUAUCUUAUCGUUUUUCUGCUGGAGGCUACGUAAUGUGGUGUCUUAUAGCUGGCUAUUUUGCCCGCUUUGUUGGAUCGUCUUACCAAGUUUUCGCUUUUGCUUUACUUCAGUCAGUCUAUUUGUUUGGAUAUUUUUAUGAGAGGUGGUCCGCAAGUGACAGCUACAAAGUUUCAAAAGAACGACAUUUGUCCUUAGUUGAAGCGCUGAUGAAGAGCGCCACAAGCAGCGAACAGUCAUCGGACAUAGUGAUGCCAACUCAGUCACUCCCUGUUAUACCGCGAGAAAUAGAUGCAAAUGAUUCCACUGGAUCAGAUCCCACUUCUAAGGAGCAGCCAAAAAUUACUGAUGCAGAUUCAAGCCGCAAUGCUACAGAGCGAGAUUUACAAAAUACCUCGUUAUCUGAGGUUGACGGAUCUCUUAAGCCAAGAGCACCUAGAGAGUUGGACAGUCACUUGAGAGCACAGGCUGUCAGUGCUGUUCGGCCAACAAGCCUGAGGGCUCCACCUCCGGAAAGUGAUAGAAUAACCAGUGAGAAGUGCCUGUAUGUGUUGGGUUGGACUUGUCUGGCGGUUUUCAUUUGGAACCACAUGUGGCUUCUUCAUUUCCUACCUGUCACUAUAAUUGUGUACCUGAUAAAAAAUCUAGGACAUUAUUUUGGUGUAUGGAAGUGGAUGAGUGCAAACUUUGAGAUUCUUCUGUCGUCCUUGAGUCAGUGGAGUGCAGUCAGGAAAGAAGCACUCUGUCCACCAUUUGUUGCAGGCCUUAUGAAAAUUCAAAUUUCUCUUCGGCAACAAAUUCUUCAUUCCCUGCGGGACUCGGUGGAUUCGGCUGCCAGUGUGCUUGUCAUUUUGGCUUUGCUCGUCUUCCUUCUCAGCACAACCAUCUUCAUUACAGUCAAUGUGUAUGCAGAAGGUAUCCACCUGGUUCAUGUAGCUGGUAAUGCUAUUAACAACACUCUGAGCAAUAACCAAGAAAUCUUGGCCUUGCUUCCUGAGGGAGUUCAGGAAAAGCUGCAUCUUGUAUUGGACAAUGCUUAUUUAUAUGGCCGUCAAAGUAUAUCCAGUAUGGUACAUGCAAUGCUGAAAAAUGCAGAUGCCGACAAAGCUGACCUUCUGGAACAGAGAGUCCUUGAGUUGUGGGAUCGCAUUUACCAAGCGUGGAUGAUGACAUCAACUGAUGUUCCAGGUGCGAUGGGGCCUAGAGUGUCCUCAAGUGCAGUGUACGCAAGUUGGGAGAGCUUUCUGGAUGGUGUAAUGAAAACUCCAGAAUUACUGAACCUUGAUGGGCUAAUGCAGUUUGGAAAGGAGAAUGUUGGCAUGCUUUCAUCUCUUCUUGAGUCACUCUGGGACAUUUUAAAAGGAAAUGUAAGCCUUCUCUUCCAGUCAUCGGUGACAAUAUUUUCUGUUGUUCUUGGAGGAGGCUCAGCUGUAAUUAACUUUAUAAUCAAUUCAGUUGUUUUCUUUACUGCAUUGUUUUAUCUGCUAAGUUCAAGUGGAAGCUUGUAUCGCCCUGUCGAACUUGUUGCAAGUGUUAGCCCAAGCAGUGGAAAUCAGAUUGCCACUGCAAUAGAUGGAGCAGUGGGUGAUGUCUUUCGUGCUUCCUUCAAGAUGGCAGUGUUCCAUGGCCUGUGGGCCUGGUUAAUUCACACACUUUUUGGAGUUAAAGUGGUUUAUUUACCAUCAGUACUUGCCUCCAUACUGGGGGUUGUGCCAUUCCUUGGAACCUACUGGGCUUGCAUUCCAGCUGUUUUAGAAUUAUGGCUUGCUCAGGGACAGUCCAUGCUUGCAGUGUCCAUGAUUCUUGCAUUUUACAUUCCAACUUCAUGGGUUAAUGGCCUGGUCUAUGAAGAAAUAAAAGGGGGUCACCCAUACCUUACUGGCUUAUCUGUGGCUGGAGGGGUAUACUGUAUGGGUAGUGAAGGAGCAAUAUUUGGUCCUUUGUUACUUUGCUGUGUGUUUGUUGCGUUAAAUAUUUCUUCAACACUGAUGAAGGAGCCUUCACUCUCUCAUAUGAACCCUCUCAACAUGAUAAGGUUAAACUUUGACCGCAAUUGUUCAUCAACAUGAGGGUUCCGCAUCUUUCUUCUAUCUACAACCUGUUCAGAAAUUCAUAAACCAAACAGAAUACUUUGGUAGGUCAGUAAAUUUGCUUAUUUGACAAAAGAACUGGGGUUUUGUUUUGUAUGGAGUGUGUGUAUUAAUCAGUCUCUUCUGUGCUUGACUUUUCUCUCAGGCAGUGUGCAUUCUUGACUUGCUUAUGACAUAUUUCUUUUCAACUGAAUAAUUCAGUUGAAAUAGCCUGGCUGUGGAAAACCUAAUUACUGGUAAUACUGCGCUGAUUGCAUGCAUGUUGCUGAAGUAUUGCAUGAUGAUGUGCUUUGACAUUAAUACUUUGUAAGGAGUAUCUGCUCAGUUACUACUUACAGAGUUAAAUUAAUAUCCUGUGGUGGGUCGUAAUUUUGAAAAUGCAUGCUUGUUUCUGUGGUCCUCACGACUUUGAAUUAUCAUCUUUAGAGAGGAAUCAUGCAGUGCCAUUCUUCUUAACUCCUUGAAUAUAAAACCUAUAUUUCCAAUCUGUUUCUGUUUGCAACAGCGGCCCUCCACCCCUGCGUCGCCGGGACACUUUGCUGUGAGCCUAAUAGGGCAAAUGUGCUUAAGCUGAUGCGGACUCUCUAGUCAUACCGAACUUGCAUCCUACUAUUAUGCUUCUCUAGUCAUUUUGGGUACUGCACGGAAAAAAAUAUUGGGGUUCAGAAGUUGAAGUCAAAUUGUACUAACAAUUCUAGUGUUCAUGACAUAAAAAUUUAGUUAAGUGCCUCUUCAGUAAGUGCUAGGGUUCUUCUUGAAUCUCAUUUUUAGAAUCGUAACAACUAAUCUGCUCAUGUGUCCAUUAGCAUAGUUUGGUUUUGUUCAUCCUCUCUUUUUUUCAAUCUACCUCUUCCACUAGUUCUAUCAUCUUUCCAUUUUUCUCUUCUAUGUGGAAACACAAACUACAUUCCUUCAGGCAAUAACAUUACCUCAAAGGAUUUUCUUCUUGCUAUUCCAUUUCUAUCAAACUCCACACACUUCCAUGGGACCACAAAGAAGGUGUUUCAUUUGACUCUCAGUGUUAUUUUUGUUUUAGUUUUUGUAAAACAAUAAUUAUCAAUUUUCUAUGUUGAAGAACAUGUUAAAAAUAGGGUAUUCUUUGUACUUUUGUAUCUACGGUAAUAGGAAUAGAGAUGUAGAAGGCGCUACAGACUGUUUCAUCGGGUAAUUUAUUUAACUUAUGAUUAUAAAAUUAAUGAUCUAAUGAGUUACUUAAUUUUUAAAAAUUGCUUUUGUAUCAAGCUAAUAAAUCUGUGAUUGCCUUUUA